CCUGUUUAAUGUAAGUCUUGGGAAUGUGCCCCUUUGACGACGAUUGCGCCCCCGCGAGUUUCUCCUGGACUGCAUGUCGAAUUAACAUACAAUCUCUGGUAGAUACCCUUUAGGAACCAAUCCUACACCCAUCUCGCUUAAUCACCUCCGCUACUCUGACAAACAAGUCCUCUCGCACCAAUAUGACCGACAGCGACAAUCUUGGAACCUCAGCUGAGGCGCUGAAGCUCAAGCAUGCCCAAAGCUCCCAUCGCACGACCAUCGAAGAAGUCCCGGACGAGGACGCUGUGAAACAUGAACCGGCAGGAGAAGCGAGUGGAAGCGACGCGAAACCAUCCUGGGCGGAGCCAGCGUCUGUGAAGUCGGUGGGUAAGCAGAAGGCACAGGACUCCGACCGCCGAGCCGCCAAUCUGGACACCCAGUCGCAUGAGCUCUUCCCCGAGCUCGGCGGACCUAAACCGAAAGCAAACGCCAGUGUUGCGCCUGUCUGGAGUGCUAAGAGCAAUGCCAAUGGCAAAACCAAUGGCGUCGGCUCCGCCAAUGGCACUCCCCGAACCUCAACCCCAGCUUCCGGCGUGACCACCCCCACCGGCCCCGGACUCCACGGCCCUCCUUCUAUUUCAAUCCCCGGCCGUAAUGUCGAAACUUUAUACCUCGAACCCCAGCAUGUUCAGGCACGUAAUCAGUUGAAGCGACCGCUCCCAGACAUCAUCAAGGAUCUCAACCGCAAGUCUCGAGCCAACAUCAACAUGGCCACCUUGGGCAAUGGAAAGCUCAAGUUCGAGGCAACUGGCCCCCAAGACGUUGCCCAGCAGGCAUUAAAAGACUUGGUCCAACAGAUUGGCACAAAGCAAUCUGUGAAGGUGGCCAUCCCCCAAUCGGCAAGGGCACAUAUCAUUGGCAAGGGUGGAGUCACGAUUAAGUCUUUGCAAGAGAAGACAGGCGCAAGGAUCCAACUGCCAAAGGUUGAUGAGAAUCAAGCGCAAUUCGACGACGAUGAUGGUACAAUCGACGUCAUUGUCGAGGGAAAUGCGCUGUCCGCGGCAACGGCGAGAGACGCGAUCCUGAAGAUUGCAGGGGAGCGAGCUGCAAACGUCAACACCAAGGUCAAGGGCAUUCCUGCCGAGUUCUACCCAUUCCUUGCCGGCCCCAAGAACAGCUUUGCUCAGAGCCUGGAGGAAAACAAUGGGGUUCAGAUCCGAAUCCCACCUCACCAGGUCUGGUCGUCCCAACCGCCACCGAGCGCACCGGCUCCGGGUCAGCGGCCAACCUUUGUCCCCGCAGCCAACGACAACCACAUCCAGCUUGCGGGUGAUCGCGCCGCCGUGCAGGCAGCUCGGGCUGAGAUUGAACGUCGUGUCGAGGAGCUCCAUCAACAACUCGUGCUGGAGCAGCUGUCCAUCCAGCGCGGCCGUCAUCAGUUCAUCAUUGGAGCUAGGGGCAUUCCUGUCGAUGAGUUCUUUGACGACACCGGCUGUGUCAUCAUUCUGCCAACCACCGAGGAGGACGACGACAUGGUCACUGUCAUCGGGCCUUCGAAUCAAAUCCAGGUCGGUUUGGAGAGGGCUAUGGACCUGGCGACAACUAUGCAGUGCUCCAACAUCGACAUCUCCCGCUUCCACCGCCAGGCUCCCGGAGGUGCCGCUUCCCACGCCCGGAAUGUUACUCGCUACCUCCGACAAAGGAAGGAGAUUGAACGGUUGGAGAGGCUGUAUAACGUGCACUUCAAUACUCCGUUUACAGAAGAGGGUGCGCUUCCUUGGGAACUAUUCUCUCGGGAUGGCAAGAGCGCGAUCAGAGCUCAGUCCGAAAUCAAGGGGAUUGUCGACAGCCAUCCUCCCUCACGGAUGGCCACGGUUGCCGUCGACCCUUUCUUUCACCAAUACCUUCGGACUGAAGUCAACCCACGGGUUCGUGGGGAUUACGGGGUGCACCUUGUUGUUCCCGAGACUUCCGAGGCAGAGGCCCCGGUUCUGCUUGUCUACGAAGGGCCUUCAAGCCCGGACACUCCUUACCAGGUCCCAAGGACUCAGCCCACCUCGGAAGACAUUCGUAACUUCCAGCAGGGGCUGCGUGACGCCCAGAAGCACAUCAUCGACCUCAUUAACCAGCAGGAAGAUUUAUCGUCGGUGUCCAUCGAUGUGCCUCAGAAGUUCCAUGACAAGCUUCGAAGGUUCAUCAAGAAGGAACAGGAGAACCGCGCGGCAAGCCAAAUUCCCGUACGAGUCUCCAACCUAGGCACAACUGUGAAUAUCAGGGGCCCUGUUUCUGCCGUCGAGAGCUUGGCCUCAAAAUGCCGAGCUUUCAUCGAGCAAGAGAAGGCAGAUGAGAAGGAACGCGGGUUCACGCUGGAGUUCGACUUCCCCCAGAAGUUUGCCAACCAUCUUAUCGGCAAGGGUGGCAGCAACAUUCGAGAAUUGCGGGAUAAGUUCGACGUCGAUAUCCAAGUCCACGACGGGAAAGUUGAACUCAAAGGACCCAAGGCCAAGGCCGAAGCCGCAAAAACGCACAUCCUGGCCCUCGGUCGGCAAUUGGCAGACGAGGCCAACCACGUCCUUAAGAUCGAUCCCAAGUUCCACAGGGAGCUCAUUGGCGCGCAGGGCAACCAGAUCAAUAAACUGCAGACAAGAUACAAGGUCCUCAUCUUCUUCCCGCGGUCCGCCAAGAACACGAAGGAGGACGAAUCAGUUGCCGAUGCAGCCAGCGAGGCCGGCAAGCCCCGACGCCAACAAGCGCCGGAUGAGGUCAUAGUCCGGGGUCCCAAGAAGGGCGCUGAUGAGGCUCGAGAUGAGAUCCUCUCCCUCCUGCAGUACCUGAAGGAUAACUCCUUCACCGCCUCUAUUUCGAUGCAACAGAAGCAUCUGCCCUCCCUCAUCGGCCAGGGUGGCUCUGGCAUGGAUCAACUGCGCCAGGCGACGGGUGCCAAGAUUGACAUCCCCAACGGCCGGGACUCGGCUGACGGCGUAGUGGAAAUCCAGAUCAAGGGCACGAAGUCACAGGUUGCUGCCGCGAAAAAGAUCUUGGAGGAGAAGAAAGCCGUGUUCGAUGACACGGUGGUCAAGACAAUUGAGGUCGACAAGAAGUACCACAAAGCCCUCAUUGGCGCUGGCGGAUCUACCCUUCGCGACAUCGUCGUCAAGGCCGGUGGCUCUAGCGAUCGCAGAGAGCUUGCGAGGGCUAUUCAGUUUCCCAAGCAAGACUCUGAUGGCAAUACCAUCAAGAUCGAAGGCCGAACCGAGGUCGUGGAUAAGGUCGUUGCCCAGAUCCAGGACUUGGUCUCUCGGCGCGAGAACGAAGUUACCGAGGUCGUAGAAGUCCCGACUGAAAAGCACAGAUCGCUGAUCGGAAGGGGAGGCGACAUCAAACGCGGGCUCGAGUCGCAGUUCAAGGUCACCAUCGACAUACCACGACAGGCCAGUGGUCAGACUGGUGUCAAGAUUGUCGGACAAGCUACCGACGUUGAAAAGGCCAAGGCCCACAUCUUGUCAACGGUCAAGGAACAGGAGGGCGAGACGAUACAGGUUCCGCGGAAGUUGCAUCACGCCAUUGCCAAUGGCGGCCAGUUCUUCCGGAAGCUGAGGAAUGACCACAGCGUUACAGUUGAUCACGCGGGCCAGCCGCUCCCCCCGAAACCAACGCCACAAUCGACCACGCGCACCACCGGUGGUGCCCUUCCGCUCAUCACCGACGAUGAUGAUGCCAUUGCGGACGCGCACUCGUGGAACGUCGUGGAGCAUACCUCUACCGAAGAGGGAGAGAUCGCAUGGGUUCUCCGCGGCUCGCCAGAGAACAUUGAGAAGGCCAAGAAAGCCAUUGAAGCUGCGCAAGAACAGGCCCAGAGACAGAAUGCUACCGGAUACCUCGUCCUUCCUGACCCGCGAACCUACCGUCACGUCAUCGGCCAAGGCGGCAGCAAGGUCAAUUCCAUUCGCAAGCAGUCUGGCUGCAAGAUCACCGUGCCUCGCGACCAGGCUAAGGAUGAGGCAAUUGAAAUUGUCGGCUCUAAGGAUGGGGUUGAGAAGGCCAAGGAACUCAUUCUUGCUGCGGUGCGCGACGGAGUCGACGGCAAUCGGGAAAGAUGAUGGUGCAUCCUGCGCCUAGCCUAGCCGACUGUUCUUUCCACAGCCUGAUGGAGAUGGGCCAACAAGUUGAAGUGUUCUAGGAAUAGCUAUGCGUGAGGAGGAGUCUCUUGGAACGAGGCAUCGAAGCCGGAUGACCUCGCCCCUCCCAACUGUAUUCAAAUAUUUCGAGGGUGAACGGAAUGCGGGAAAUGCGGGAAAGAGAAAAGCAAAAGGGGGAGUGAGGUGAGAAGAAAAAAAGAAAAGCCUGAAAAAAGUUCGCCGUGUAUCUACAUAUCUUUAACUUAUAACUCCAAUAUGGAAUCACAUUCGCCCUAAGAUCGUACCUCGACAACCGGUGCGGGAAUAUCCUUGACAACGACG